UAACCCCUCCACCGCCUGUUGGUCUAUCUGAAUGGAUUGAGCAAAAGUUGACAAAAAGCGAUCGACCAGAGCUUACUAGCGCUAAAGUGGUUGUAUCGGGUGGGAGAGGCUUGAAGAGCGGGGAAAAUUUUAAGUUGUUAUAUGAUCUUGCGGAUCAAUUGCAUGCUGCAGUUGGAGCUUCCCGUGCAGCUGUUGAUGCUGGCUUUGUUCCUAAUGACAUGCAAGUUGGACAGACGGGCAAAAUAGUAGCACCAGAACUUUAUAUUGCCGUGGGAAUAUCUGGAGCAAUCCAACACUUGGCUGGGAUGAAAGACAGCAAGACCAUUGUUGCUAUUAACAAGGAUCCAGAAGCUCCAAUUUUCCAAGUGGCAGACCUUGGACUGGUGGCAGAUUUAUUUCAGGCGGUGCCGGAGAUGACGGAGCUCCUGAAGAAGAAGUGA